AUGCACCAACCGCCACCCAACUCAGCCACAGCCCCCAACGCGCCGCCGCAUAUCAGCGUGAACGGAACCCAACUGCAGGUUGUGGAGAACUUCCCGUAUCUGGGCAGCACUCUCGCCUGCAACACCAAGAUCGAUAACGAAGCCGCCAACAGGAUCUCGAAAGCCAGUCAAGCCUUCGGUCGCCUCCAAAGCACAGUUUGGAACCGUCACGGUCUUCAGCUGAGCACGAAGCUGAAGAUGUGCAGGGCCGUCAUCCUGCCGACGCUACUGUAUGGAGCGGAGACUUGGACGGUAUACACAAAACAGGCACGCCGACUGAACCACGUCCACCUCAGUUGUCUUCGUCGCAUCCUGAAGCUGAACUGGCAGGAUCGAAUCCCUGACACUGAUUUGCUGGAACGGGCGGAAAUCCUCAGCAUCUUCACCAUGCUGAGGCAAAUACAGCUGCGCUGGAGCGGCCACCUGGUGCGCAUGGACGACGACGGACUACCCAAACGACUCUUCUACGGAGACGUCGCGACGGGUUCUCGCCGUCAAGGAGGCGAAAUUCGCCGUUACAAGGAUACCCUGAAGUCCUCCCUGAAAUGCCUGCAAAUCAACCCCACCAACUGGGAGGAGCUCGCACUUGAUCGACCGACCUGGAGGAGGACAGUGAAGACAAGCGCUGUGAUCUACGAAACCAAUCGCAUCGCUGCCGCCAAAGUGAAACGCGAAGCCCGCAAAUCACAACUUCGUCCAGUAGGCAACGCCGCCGCACAACCGCUCCCAACGUGUCCUCCAUGUCAACGGACAAUCCGGGCUCGAAUCGGACUUGUUGGACAUCUUCGGAUUAACUGCGCCUCUCAACCAUCGUCCCCCCGCCUGCCUCUUCCUCCUCCUCUCCGCCGCCAACUAACCCUGACAAUUCUUCUGACCCACCACUUCCAUCAUCCUCCUCCUCCACUGCUCCAAUGACGGCCGCUCAGGCGACUACCACGCGCGCAACCACCAAAACCUCCACCACCACCACCACCACCACCACCACCACCACCAUCAUCAUCAUCAUCAUCACCACCACCACCACCAUCACCACCACCACCACCACCAUCACCACCACCACCACCACCGACACCAGCGAUGAGGAUCAGGACUACACCUGCCCUCACUGCGACCGCACCUUCACCUCACACAUCGGCCUGGUCGGUCACUUGCGAAUCCAUCGCACAGAGACUGGCGAACCAGUGCGUGAAGCACCAACCUACACCCACCGCACUCGCCUCCACUGCCCACACUGCCCUCGCACCUUCAGGCAUCGCAUGGGCCUUUUCGGCCACAUUCGCAUCCACGAGAGCGGCCUUGACCGCACUCCCGACACACCCACCGCAUCCAACACAUCCACCGUGCACACCCCCACCCUCGUUCCAUCCGUCCGCUCCACCACCAUCACCACCACCGCCUCCUCUGUAGCUAACACUGACACCGCCGACUUCUCACGCCCACACUGUCCACGCACAUUCACCUCACGCAUCGGCCUGGUCGGUCACUUGCGAAUCCAUCGCACAGAGACUGGCGAACCAGUGCCUGGAGCACUAACCCAUACCCAAUAA